UCCCUGCGCAGUUUCGGCUUUUCACAGCAUUUUGCAUGAAAGUGGCAAUCUGUGAGGAUUACCCAGUUUGAGGGCCAGAAAGGAUACUGUAGCUUGGGUGCUAAUUUUGACUCAAGGCAGAGCCGAGGACAUGGGAUCCGUUUCCAACCAGGAGUUUCCAGGAGUGUGUAAGACUGAGGAGGAUGAGGGACCGAGCACAGAGGAGGACUCGCAGUCUUUCCACGGGGUCGGCGUGUGCAAGUGGUUCAAUGUCCGCAUGGGCUUCGGAUUCCUGUCCAUGACCAGCCGGGAGGGAGUGCCGCUGGACGAACCGGUUGAUGUGUUUGUCCACCAGAGCAAGUUGCACAUGGAAGGCUUCCGUAGCCUUAAGGAGGGCGAAGCAGUCGAGUUUACCUUCAAAAAGUCAUCAAAAGGCUUGGAGUCGCAACGAGUUACUGGUCCAGGUGGCACCCACUGUGUGGGCAGUGAGCGGAGACCCAAAGGCAAAAAGGUCCAAAAGCGGCGUUCAAAGGGAGACAGGUGCUAUAACUGUGGAGGCCUGGAUCACCAUGCCAAAGAGUGCAAGUUGCCCCCCCAGCCCAAGAAGUGCCAUUUCUGCCAGAGCAUUGACCACAUGGUCGCCAGCUGCCCAAUCAAAGCACAACAGUCCUCACCUGGUUCUCAGGGAAAACCGUCCUCCUUAAAAGGAGAUGAAGGAGAGCCCUCGGGACCACCUCCCGAGACCUCUGAUUAGGCUGGAGAUCGGGCCACGCUGAAGCACAGAAGCCAAUCAAAAUGCUUUAAUGGCCAGGAGGAAGACACAAUCCUCUCCUGGCUUUUGAAGCAGUUUUUGGAAAUUCCUCAGGUUUAAAAAAAAAAAAAUACACACAAAGAAUGUUUUUCAUUUUUAUUUGUUGUAACACUCAGGAAUACUGCUGUUUCUUGCACUCAGGAAGCUUGCUAAAUGCAUUAAUCACUGCUGUUACAGAGGCUUGAGAUGGAAGGGUAAUGACGUAUAACGAGCGGUCUUGACAAGCUUUUGCUGAUGUCUUCUGACACCGUGCCUCUCUUUUAGGCUUUAUACAUCCUCUUUUUUUUGUGAAAUACUUAUUAUGUUCUUGUAGAGCUACACUUUUGCUGCCUUACCAAUUUAGUCUCCUUGCUAACACUGUUCACCAUCAACCAGAGUAGAGAUGUAACAGUAUCGCUACAAUGAAUGUUAGCUGGAGAGGAUUGGUGAAAAAGUGGGAUAGAAAAUAGCUAUAUGUAAUGGAUUGGCAUUUGUCAGCACAGUAUUGCAGUUGACCAUCCAGUUUACCUGGGGCCGAAUGAAUGUCAGACCAAAAGUGGUUUCCAGUUUUUGGUCAGUUAUAUAUAUAUUAAGAAUUUAAUUUUAACCAUUGAGCAUUUUGGCUCGUCUGGUCUACCUCACUGACCUGCUGCCCUACUGGCUGCUGGUAAACCAAAUAUUCUCAGGCUGCAGCUUUGGAGAUUCAUGAGUUUUGUUUUUGUUUUUUUAGGAGAGGGGAGGGGGGGAUUAAAUCAAAUCCUCUUUGCACUACAUCAUAUUCACAGACUGGCAUUAAUUUUGAUAUACCUGCCUAAUAAGUGACAUGACAAUGCCCUAAAAUCCAAUUAACUGUGAGUCAAGUGUCUUAGCUGCUGCUCAGGACACAUGUAUUUGAUGGUUACAGAUUAAAAACGGAAGCAUCAACACACACCUAUGACAUGUCCAGAAAAACAAAACUCAUGGAUUUAAGGGGGAGUUGUUAAAAAUGUUCAGUUUAGAGUGAUGACCAACCAUCAAACUGGAAACAAUCUAGAGGCUGUUGUGUCAGGAUUAAGUGGGAUAGUUGAUUUUGGCAUCAAGCUUCCCGUCUCAGCUGAAGUUUAAUGAACAAGGCCAUUGUUUUACUAGAUGGUUGAUAUCUGUUGUCAUCGCUUCUGACAGGGCGAUCAGGAUACUCUAAAAUCUGACCCAGAGAGGGCAGCAAAUCACAGCUUCUCAGCCUGAUGUCACAGUGUUGAAGUACUAUCAACCGUUCAUCUGCAAUGUACUGUUUUUAUUGGCUGCUGUAUUGGACUGCUGCUUUACCGGUACCUUAAUUGGAUGUGACAGAACUCCAGUCAAUGGCAUACAAUACUAACCACAUUACAUGUAUGACGUCAUAACGUACUUGAUCUGGACUAAGUUACAUAGAGGUCCAGCUAGCUCUCCUCUCAAUACUUGAAUGAAUAUGAGGCAGAAUCAGACAUGAUGUUGCCAGUUGGAAGGCUGGUGUUUUUCUUUAUAUCUAGUUUGAACCAUUUUUAGGUAGUUGUUUUAGGACUUUAACUCCCUAUAACCCAAAGUUGGGUGAUAGUUCAGGAACACCAAG